AGCUGCCUGCGGGUCUUGUGGAGGCGGGUGACAGCUGCGAGCAGACGGCGCUUCGGGAGCUGCGGGAGGAAACAGGCUUCAGCGGCCGGGUGCUGUCCAUCUCACCUCCGCUGGCAGAGAGUGCCGGGAUGACCAACUGCUGCUGCAGGUUGGCCCUAGUGGAGGUGGACGGUGACGCCCCGGAGAACGCAGACCCACGGGUCACCUCCUGCCCCGACACCGCCGGCGGUGAGAUCCUCCACUGCGAGCUGCUGCCGUACAACGGCCUACUGCCCGCCCUCAUGCAGCUCCGAAACCGGUACGGCAACGCCGGGCUCGAGCAUUCGUCCUCCUCCCAUGCCUCCUCCUCUUCUCCACCUGACCAUCCCUGCUCAUCCUCGUCCGGGGGCAAAGGAGGCAAAGGAGAGAACUCCUGCGGUGGCGGUGGUGGUGGCGGUGGCGACAACGGCGUAUGUGAUGCUGCUACUGCCCGCUGCAUAGUCGACUCCCGGCUAUACGCGCUAGCACUCGCGCUAGCGUUGCAGCAGCAAUUGCAGUAUGGGGAGGGAGAAGAGGGC